AUCCAUGGAUAUAGAAUCAAUAUUCUCUCUUUUCAUUUUAUAGAUUUUAUAUUCACAGAUCAAGAGUGUACGGAAACAUUCUCAUACAUGAACUUGAUCAAUUCACUAACAUACACUCCUGAUCUGUAGAUUCAAAAUUUAUUAAAGGAAAAAAGAAAAAGUAAAUUCUAAAUUUAGGAACCCAAAACAUAUAAGAUUGUUUUUCAUACGUGAAUUUGAUCCGCUCUCUUGUAUGUAUGGAAUGUGAAGUGCAUUGUUUGAGAACUCUUUAUAUGAAUGGGAUUGAUCAAAGUCAAUACUCAUCCGGGGCUAAUCUGAAUCAUCCUGACUGAAUCAAACAGAAAUACUCAUUGAUUUUAUAUUUAAAAUAAUUUUUUUUUACCGUUUGAGCUCUAUCUCCAUUGAUAUAGUAUCAAUCAAGAAUCGAGAUCGGUUAAGGUCAAUAGCAACCGAUCCGAUCCGUUUCCUGUGGACUAUAAAGAAACACGCUCUUAAACAAGGGCCGUGCAACUACCCCAAAAUUAUUAAGCGACAUUAGUAAUGAUAAGGUGGAAUCUUAGGGGUUUCUUAGUAAAUUCACAAGGGUCAAACAAAGACCUAAGUACCGUAAUGCCCUUGUCAAUGCUCUCCUCCUGAUACAUGUCUCAAUUGUCACUUUUCCAUUGGUGGUAGAGAAGUUUCUCCUUCAACCGACGUACCACCAGAUUAUUUCUCAAGUAGAUGUGGUUGCAGUGAGCAAUGCCAAGGAGAAGCCAAGAUAACAGAGAGCUUUUGAGAACCAUGAAAUGCAAUUCUUCAAGUUUGAGCUCUUCUGAUUUGUUUGUAUCCACCAGACCCAAAAAAAAUCCUUCAAAUCCCUUUCUUAAGUCUUGUCCACCAAAGCAGACAAAGCUGUUGUUGUCAAUUCGUUAUAGUAAUCAAACCCAUUCGUCUUUGUUACAGAGCUUAGCCAUUUCUGCGACAAUUCGAGGACUGGAAGAGAAUAUGAGAAGUGUUGUUAGAAAAGUUGCUGUUGUGGGCAGUGGAAUUUCAGGCGCUGUUUGUGCCUCUGCCUUGGCAAGGAAUGGGGUGGCUGUCACUGUGUUCGAUUCUGGAAGAGGACCUGGUGGCAGAAUGUCCCAGAGGAGGGAAAUUAGUGAAGAUGGGACAGAGCUCUUCUUUGACCAUGGUGCUCCAUUCUUUACUGUCAAUGAUAAUGACGUUAUGGGUCUUGUUCAUGAGUGGGAAGCGAGAGGCCUAGUUGCAGAGUGGAAAGAGAGAUUUGGUUCUUUUGAUUGUAUCUCUGCCAAAUUUGACUUUGAAAAGGAAGGUUCAAGUAAGAAAUAUGUUGGUGUUCCAGGCAUGAAUUCUAUUUGUAGAGCAAUGUGCCAUGAACCUGGAGUGGACACUAAAUUUGGAGUAACUGUUGGGAGGUUGGAGUGGUUGGAGAAUAAGAAUUCAUGGUUAUUGACUGGCUUGGAUGGUCAAAUUCUGGGCUACUUUGAUGGUGUGGUGACAUCAGAUAAGAACACAGUUUCUCCAAGGUUUACUCAUGUAACAGGACGACCGCCACCAUUAGACAUGAUUUUGGUUCCAGAGUUAGCACAAAAGUUGAAAGAAGUUCCUGUUCAUCCAUGUUUUGCUCUCAUGUUGGCAUUCUCUGAACCCUUGUCUUCUGUACCUGUAAAAGGAUUCUCAUUCAAGAACUCUGAUGUGUUAAGCUGGGCUCACUGUGACAGCAGCAAGCCAGGGCGUCCUGAAAUGAGUGAGUGUUGGGUGUUGCAUUCAACAUUUGAGUAUGCAAAGGGUGUCAUUUCCCAGACUGGUCUUCAAAAGCCUUCAAAUGCAACAUUGACUAAGGUGGCUGAAGAAUUAUUCCAAGAAUUUCGAAGCUCUGGACUUCAUAUUCCUGAUCCAUUCUUUGUCAAAGCUCACAGGUGGGGUAGUGCCUUUCCAGCUGCAGUCAUAGCUGCAGAACAGAAGUGCCUUUGGGAUGAGGGAAAGAGGCUGGCUAUCUGUGGAGAUUUUUGUGCUGGUCCAAAUGUAGAAGGUGCUGUUCUUAGUGGCAUGAGAGCAUCUGUAAAACUACUAGAGAUGUUCAGCUGCAUGUGAUACCAAUGGAUCAUCACUAAUACAUUAGAGGAAUCUCCAUACAUUCUGGCAUUUGGCGUAGGGGUGUUUUGGCAAUGACCUGCUGGGUUAGUGAUGGAGUUUUUGGAUUAAUUCAUGAAGUGGCACCUGUGCUGACUCUGGAGGAAAAAACAGAUGCUCCUCAUCGACUUAAUCUCCUUCUGAAUUUGUUUUGGCCUAAUUUUAUAUUGCAAUUCAGGCUUCUAUCUGAAACUUAAA